AUGAUCCUGUUUUUAUUUUUCUAUCAUCGAUAUCAUCGACAAAAAUUCUAUUUCAAUAGUUUAAAGAAACAAUCCGAUCAUUCAUGUAAAUCAUCGAAUCAAGGAAAUGAUAUACAAAAUACAUUACAGACAUAUAUCAUAUACAAUGACCUAAAGGACCAUCAUCCAAAUAAUGAAAACAAAUCCUUGGACGAACAAGAUAAUCAGAAUUUAUUUACAACAACUGAAGUCAAUACAUUAGUAGAUAUUCAAUCUAAUCGAUUGUCGUGUGAUAUUGAAUUAAAUCAUGAUACUAGUUCUUCAUUUUAUCAAGAAAUAGUCGAUGCUAUGAUGCAAGUCAAUGACAGUGAAUGA